AUGUGUAUAAGAGACAGGAUACAUGCAUAUGCAACUUUCAAGGAAGCAGCCAGAGCAUUGAACCUCCUCCAAACCGAUGAUGAAUGGGAGAGAUGUUUGCAAGAAGCAUCAGUCUAUCAGAUGCCAGCAGCAUUGAGAAGUUUGUUCGCAACCAUCCUCCUGUUCUGUGAGCCCACUGAGCCUUUCCAACUAUGGCUGAACCAUAGGGAUGCCAUGUCGGAAGACUAUCUCCAUCGGUAUCAAACUGCCUUGAAUGAUCCUGAAUACACCGCAACUGAAGACAUCUACAACUGUGCUUUGUUGGACAUUGAAGAUGUUCUCUUUAAGAAUGGCCAAUCAUUGGUCAAUCAUGAUGGAUUUGUUUUACCUACCACUGACCACCGUAAUACAGGUACACAUUAUAAUAUAAAGUAUAUAUAG